ACCAUAUAUCGUUUAUAGAUGUUUCUUUUAUUAAAUAGACUUAACUUCCUUAUAAAAUAGCGUUUGUUUAAUCUUAUUGUUUUGCUUUAUGUGAAACAUCUAUUACGAAACGGUCUGAAUCUGAAACCAUUUCUGCGCAUAGUCUCCCAAACAUUCAUAUUACCGACUUAACCGAUACAUUCAUUUCUAACAGCUUGUCCCAUCCAUUCUAGUUCGUUUGUUCAUCUUCGACUCGAAUCAACUUCAAUCAAAUUUAAUUCUACCUACUUACAAUAAAUACAAUAAAUACUCAGAGAGGCUUUCCAUGAGUAUCAGAACUUUUAAAUCCAAAAAUGAUGACGAACCCUGGGUUCAGCUUCAACAUAAAACAAUGUUAAAAUGGUUGAAUAGUAAAAUAAAAGACUACGAUCAACUUGAAUUACCCGAUAUACCAUCAGCUCCUAAUUCAAUUGAAAAUUUACAGACAGAUUUACAGAAUGGUUUGGUAUUAAUCAAACUCAUUAAUAGACUAAUAUAUGACUAUCAUAAUGAACAGAAUCACAACUCAUAUUACUAUGAGAAACUUUAUUAUUUAACACCAAUUUACAAUAAUCCUAAAUUCAAACUACAAAUAAUUGAAAAUCUCGAUGAUAUCUUCAAAUUUCUACAAUUAAUACUUAAAUUGAAUAUCUGUAAUAUAUCUUCAGAUAAUCUAUAUGAUGGUAAUUUAAAAUUAAUUCUUGGUUUAACAUGGUCCUUAUAUUUAUUUAAUAUGACAAGUAAGUUCAAUCAAGUUUCUUCAUUCAUGGAAAUUAAACAAAUAUUGCUCGACUGGUUAUAUCCUAUACUGUCAAUAUCAAACUUUCACAAGGACUGGAUAGAUCUGGUACCGAUAUUAACUUCAAUAUUUAAUCAUUAUGGUAUAGAACUUCCUUCAACCAAUUUGACGGAAAUUCUCACAUUCAUCCACGAUGAUCUUAAUAUACCUAUACUUAUAGAUACAGAUGAUUUUACUGCUGAUAUAGCUCCCGACGAAAAAUGUAUAGUAACUUUUUGUGUGGAACUAUACAAAUACUUUGAAAUAGACGCUUCACAUCAAGACCAUAUACUACCACCAAGCAGUACUCCCAAUUAUGAUGAUUUGGGACAACUCAUUGUACAAUCCAAUAAAUUUAAAAAUAAGCUUGAAACAAAAUCAUUACGUUUUAUUAAUAGGGUAAACACCGUAUUGAAUCAAUUAUCCAAUGAUUAUGAUAUACUCCAGUUAACAAAGCUGUCAAUCAUUGAAAAAUUCAAGAUUUCAAUUGAAAAAUUGACCCAAGUAUGUCGUGAUCCUAAUGAUCAAGGCCAAAUAAAUGACUUUCUACAAACUUAUAAUGAACUAGAUAUUCAGUUAAUUGGAUUAAUUAAUAUUUAUCAAACAUUUCAUAACUUUAAGAAUCUGAUUAAAUCUCAAUUGCUUUAUACAGAUUAUCCUGAACUACACCAACUACAUAGCAGUCUUAUAUCACAUUUAAAUCUUAUUGGUUUAUCGUACUUUCCUAUCAUUAAAAAUCUCAGCAUCGAAGUGGUAGAAACCAAAGUAGAUAAGUUGUCUCAAUUAGAAGGCAAAUAUCUUAAUCUUGCAAAGGAAAUUAAUAAUCAAUUCGAGCCUAUGUCCCAAGUGUUAGAUAGUUUACUCGCCGAUAUUGAAGGUAAGAAAUUAAGACAAGCUUCAUCUAUCAAUAGGGAACUUUUAUUCAAAUGUCUAGAUAAUUUCGAUAUGCUAAUAUCAUUUUUCUAUAAAAUUGAUCACUUUAAUAGACUGUUCAGUCUUGUCAAAUCUACUAUGGAUCUUAAAAAGAUCUUGGAGACUGAGUCAAAGCCAUCAACUCCAUUAUUUUCAUCCAAUACAUCAUCCUAUGCUUCUUUCAAGUUACUGUUAAGUUUUGAAAAUAAUGAUAAUUUGACUCAUUUCCAAUUAUCAAAAGCAUUUAAAACACUUGAUCUCUCUAUAGAAACAGCAGGUAAGUUGAUGAAAUUAGUUCCUUUAAAGUCGGUUAUCACUAUAUCACCAUCAUUCUCAUCAUCUACAUCGAGCUUUGUUAGUACUGGGACUUCAACAGGUAGUGAAGAUGAAGAUUUUAUUUUUGAUGAUUUGCAACAAAAGUUAGAUACUGAAUUAUCUGGAACCAGAAACAAGGUUUAUGAUCUUAAUGAAUUUAUAAGUAAACUUGAAGGCGGAUUCAAGUUAUGAAUUAUGUAUAGUUGUAUAUAAAACAAACUAAACAAAAUAUAUGAUUUAAUGAUACAGAAUUGAAUAAAUCUCUUGUAUUGAUGAUUAAUGAACCAUGUAAAUUAAGAAAUAUAGAAUUAACAAAACGAAAAAUACAUAACAAAAAGAAUUAUUAAGAUUAUUA